GAUGCGGUCACGGAAACACUGAAUGCACCUUGUUCCGUUGCCUACUUAUUGAACGUUCACACCAAAGAGUUUUGAAGGUGGUCGAAGUACUGCUGGAUAGCGAUUUGGUGUUUUUCGUGCGUUAUUAUUGCGACAUGGCUUGUCUUGCUUGGCUCGAAGCUCAGCUGGCGGCUAGGAGGAAUGAAGUGCCUGAGAUCCUCUUUGAUCCCGGAAAUUUGCGGUUUUACCGCAGACUCCAACUGCUGGGAGAAGGAGGCUUUGCCAAAUGCUUCCAAAUGAUGGACAUUUUAAGCGGGGAGAUCUUUGCGGUGAAAGUUAUCCCCAUAAAGCACUCCGCUGGAAUUAAAGAGAGUCUCCGAGAAGUGGAGAUUCUGAAGACGCUGCAACACCAGCACAUCGUCAACUUCUCCCAUCAUCUUGAAGAUGACAGAUUCCUGUACAUCUUCAUGGAGCUGUGCAGUAGGGGGUCGAUGCUCGACGUCCUACAAGCGCGACAGCUUCUGAGGACCCCUGAAGUGCGGUACUACAUGAGACAGCUCAUUGGCGCACUAAAGUACAUGCAUGGAGAAGGCAUUCUCCACAGGGACCUCAAGCUAGAGAAUAUAUUACUAACAGAGAAAAUGGAGCUGAAACUGGCCGACUUUGGACUGGCAACGAAGCUGCAGCCAAUGGAGUCGAGGCAGAAAUUCUUUUGUGGCACAAGAGAAUACGCGGCUCCUGAAGUGUGGCAGAUGGAGGGACACGGCCCAGAGUCGGAUGUCUGGGCGCUGGGCUGUAUCAUGUAUACAAUGCUGGUUGGGGCAUACCCCUUUUAUGGCGAUACUGAGGAGAUCAGACAGAGUGUGACUCAAGCGGAGUACAUACUACCAAAGACCCUCUCCUCAUCAGCCCGGAAACUGAUUUCUUGGAUCCUUCAGAGGAAUCCACAGGAUCGGCCCACUUUGGAUCAGAUCCUAAGUCACAAGUUCUUCACUAAGGGCUUUACUCCUGAGGAACUUCCGUCAAGUAGUUACUGCAAGGUGCCAACAUUCAGAUUGGCUAAUCGUGUGAGGAAGUUCUUUGGCAGGCUGUUGCAGCGCAUAUUUAGAAAAAAGAGAUCCAAAGACAUGGCCAGUGCUGAAUCUAAACAGGAAUUCAGCAAAGAAACCAGCAGUUAUUUGGUGUAUAGCAGGGGUGUCCAAACUUUUUUUAGUGAGGGCCACAUAAAGAAAAAUAUUCCAAGGGCUGGGCCAACUUACUAGAUGUUAGGUAUAUUGGCUCAUCUCUUGUGUAUUUGUGUUCAAUGAAAUAUGGUCAAUAAAUGAUAAUAAUGUAAUGUGUUUAUAUCAUGCUCCUCCCGUGUGCCGCGCCCCCUCUUUACGUUGUGUGGAAUGCCUGUGUUUAGCAGCUAUUUCUCACCGUGGUUAAUUAGUGCAAUGUAUUUAAGUCUCCGUUAGGUAUGUUUUCCCCGGUCCUGUCAUUAACGGUGUGUGAGGUCGUUUCAUGUCUCCGAGUGUGUUCAACCCGGAUAAAUCACAUGUUACCCUUUUCCACGGCUCCCUGCUCCUGUUUCCCCGUUCUGUCACGCAACAUGCAGGGAGCCAUGGAAUCAGGUGAUGUGGGAUUUAUUAACGUGUUCUUUCACUUUGUAGUAAAAGAUGCCAUGUUUUCUUUAAGAGUGAUUUUUCUUGCUGCCUUCUACCACAUUACUGUUCGUCAUCUCUUCUCUGAGCAUGUUACUCUCAGCGACAGAGAUUGCUGCAGCAGUUAGUUCUAAUCUUGGGAUGGUGGUUACCUUUGUUGGAGAGACACGAGCCUUUCCCAUCUUGUGUCGCACAAGAGCGAUGUUUGGUUUUACCUAAAGCGUACAAGGAUUCCAGUCAGAUUGUUAGUCAUGUCUGGUCCAGUCAGGAAGUGUUAGUUGAGGUUGGUACCCUUAUGCUUAGCAGAGCAGUGAAAAGAACACGGUGGGGAGGGGCGGGGUGGCUUUUGGCGCUGGCGGUGCCCUGGGGUGUGGUUGCCGGGGGCCCCGGGUCCGCUCCUUCCCGCGCGGCGGUGGGGGGCUGGGGUGCCUACUGAGCCAGCUGGUUAGCUGGCUCUCUUUUGCCAGGGGGUGAGCAAUCUGCCCCCUGGCCUUAUGAAUCCCAGCCCUUCUCCCCCCUCAUUCACAAUAUGCCACGCACACAUGUAGGGCCUCGGAGGGGGGGGGGGGUGUAUGUCGUGCAUACUACGGUGGGGAGGGCCAUUUAUACUCCAAUCUUACUCACACCAUGUACAUUGAGGGUCUUGAUGGGGGAGUGAUGUGGAGGAGAGUUGUUCACAAGCAGCCCUCCUCUACGCUUCCCCCAUCAAUUUUAAAUUCAUCUUAGUUUCUCAACAGUCAUACUCAUCCCCUACACUACAUACAGUCUCAUACAUCUGCACACGCAUCCAACACUCUACGUCUCACACAGGUGCAUGGGGGAGGA